UGGGCGGCGGCCGCCGCGUAAUAGGCAGACAGCGUGGAAAUAGAGUCAGGGACCGAUGGGGGAGAGUUAGAGUGUUUAGGGAAGGGUAAAGAGACAGGGGAGUCAGAGAAAAAGGAAAGUGUAGUGUUGUAAUGGCAGCAGCACUAAAUGAAAGCCACCGACGAUUCCUGCAGACUAUGAUGUCUCAAGGAAUUCUAGAAGGUUCGAUGGUGAGAAAAUUACACAAACACUGCUGCGAAACACACAAAGUGCAUUACAAACAUGACCAGUUGGAUGAGUUUAUCAAAAAUAUCAACACCCAUCUACAGCCUCUCUUCAUGGAGAUCAGGAAGGGGAUGAGUGAGGAUGAUGGACAACAGUAUUAUGCUCUGAUUAACCUUGCAGAGACAGAGAUCACCAGGAUGGCAUUUGAUUACACAGAAACUGAGUUGGAAUUGUUCAAGAAAACUAUGGACUUAGUUUUGGAGUCAGAAAAUGGCAUGGUCUCUUCUACAGACAUUCUAAAUCUGGCUGAUCAACUACAACCCAAAAAAAUGAAGAAGAAAGAAGUGGAACAAGUGCUGCAACGAUUUGUGCAGGAAAAGUGGCUUUGUGAGAAUGAUGGUGAGUACAUUCUGAGCACUCGCUGCAUUAUGGAACUGGAACAAUACAUUCGCAAUAUGUAUCCGGACCUAGUGAAGGAGUGCAACAUCUGUCACAACAUUACUAUUCAGGGGCAAACAUGUGAGGUCUGUGGAGCCAAAAUUCAUUUUCCCUGUGCUGCAAAAUACUUCCGAGGUCGGGAUGACCCUUGCUGUCCAAACUGUAGGAAGUUCUGGCCUCAUGAAAUCCCAGAUGUCAGCAGGUCUGAACAAUCCAUGCCACCUCCAUCCUCCAUGCCAAAGAUGCGACGCUGAUAUCAGGAAUGAGACAUUAAGAGACUUGAAGAAGCAAAGUGGAACGUCAUGUCUGUGUGAAGUGUGGGAUGGGAGUUCUAAGACAAUUUGUGUUAUGAGAUGAAGUAUACUUUGUAAACUGGUGUAAAAGAUGACACUACUGAUAUUUUCAAGCUUGUACUUAUUGCUGCACAGCCACCGAUUAGACCACUGUAGCACUUGCAUAGAGAGUAUACUCUAAACCUCAGCUUGAGAUUAAAAUCACCAUUGUGGUCCAUCUUAGAGUGAUCAGUUCAGUAGAAUAUUAAGUUGAAAUCAUGUUUCCAUCAAGGAUACUAUGCAAUGGAAAAAGGAAUAAUUAUUUGUUCAAAGUAAAGUAAUUACAUUUAAA